CCCUGACAACCAGCGCUCCUCGUGCUCGUCUCCGAGCAACCGAGCACGAACCCGUCGGGAGUCCGGCGUCACGGUCCAGACGGACAUGGAAACGGAACGGAAGUGAGUCAUGGACGACCGGUACCACCGGGCCGCACGGGACGGCCUCGUGGACGUCCUCAAAGAGGCGACGCGGAAGCAGCUGAACGCUCCGGACGAGGACGGGAUGACACCCACUUUAUGGGCCGCCUACAGCGGGAACAUGCACGCGCUCAGAACCAUCGUGGCCAGAGGAGGCGACCCAGACAAGUGUGACAUCUGGGGCAACACGCCGCUCCACUUGGCAUCCGCCAACGGCCAUCACGCCUGUUUGUCCUUCCUGGUGGCGUUUGGCGCCAACCUGUGGUGCCUGGACAACGAUUACCACACGCCGCUGGACAUGGCCGCCGCCAAAGGCCACGUGGAAUGCGUCUGCUACCUGGACUCCAUCGCCGCCAAGCAGAUCACACUCAAUCCCAAGCUAGUCGGCAAACUCAAGGCGCGAGCGUUCCGCGCCACCGAGCGCCGUGUCAAAGAAUGCGUCCGACUCCAGGAGAGACACCGCCAACGCAUGGAGAAUCUGGACGACUUGGACGCCAUAAGCGUCUACAGCUACAUGAGCGGCAGCACGCUGAGCCGCAAGUUCAAUGCCUCCAACCCGUCCUAUUCGCAGGCCACAUUGCAUUCCACCCUGAAGAGCAAGGCCAAGAUUCAGAAGAAGCUGGACAAGAAGAAGCAGACAGACGGAACGUUCAAGAUCUCAGAAGACGGUAGGAAAAGCGUGCGUUCGCUGUCCGGCCUGCAGCUGGGAAACGACGUCAUGUUCCUCAGACACGGCCUGGACAUUCAUGACCUGUUCCUCCACGACCAUGACGGCGACGCUCUCUCUCGUGCCAUGAGCGACCCGGGCCUCCAUGAGGCUGCUUAUUCCGAGAUCAGCUCUGAUUCCGGACGGGACUCACUCUUCACUCGCCCCGGGCUCGGAACCAUGGUGUUCCGCAGGAACUACGGCACGCGGACUGCGUUUGGCGUUGGGUGUCACGAUGAAGCGAGCGUCGUAGGAAGUGAACCUGCGGGACGAGCGCCGAACGUCCAUCUACACGGGCAACUUCCUCGACGCUUGUCCAGUUUUGACAAAGACAGCAUCAAGAGUUCUCUUAGCCCAUGGGAGGACUCUGAUGCAAGUCUGAACGAAGACCUGGACCCCCAAAGUAGUCCACUUGAGACAUUUCUGGUGUCGCACAACCUUGCAGAGUUCAUUGUCAUCUUCAGACGGGAAAAGAUUGACCUGGAAGCUCUUCUGGUUUGUUCCGAGCAGGAUCUCAGCAGCGUCCAGGUCCCGCUGGGCCCCCGUAAGAAGAUACUGGAAGCCUGCAAGAGACGUCGGGACACUUUGUGCGAGCCGGACGCCAUCGAGGACACACAUCUAUGACGUGUGUUAUUGGACCUUUGCUGUAACGCCAGCAGGAUGACUACUUUGAAGACAAACAGCACCCUCUGGUGGCUGAUGGAUAUAACAUACUCUAUAUAUGAAUAAGCGCGGCCUGCAUGGUGCGUGGUUAGCAUAUUGGCCACACAGUCAGUAGAUCUGGGUUCAAAUCUACGCUGGUGUGGAGUUUGCAUGUUUUUCCCGUGAGCACAUAGGUGUCAUCCAGGCCCUCCCACAUUCUAAAAACAUGUAUGUUAGAAUUGAGUGUGAAUGAUUGUAUGUGCCUUGCCAUUGGCUGGCGACCAGUCCACCUCUUGCAUGUAGUCAGCUGGGAUAGGCUCCAGCAUACAUCUAAGCGGCAUAGAAAAUGGAUGAAUAACUAAGGACGCUGGGAUGUCACCAUGGCAACAGUCGCCAUGUCUCCAUGUGUCAAUCACAUAAGGACUGCCCUUAUAUUUAACUGAUGGAAUAUUACAUUCAUAACAUUUGUAUGUUUGUAAUAUGAAGAGAAAACAUUUUUUUUAUUCAAAGAUGCUGAAGUAUUUCUGUGUGCUUUCAUGACGGAGGAAAAAAGAUGGAAACCUGAUAAGUG